AGUAUUGUCCUUAUCUUAAUUUCUUCGUCACCCUUUUCACUCUCUCACUCACUCUCAUAUCCGUUUUCUGUUUCCAGUUGCCAUGGAUGAUGGAAUUGUUAGAAUGGGGGAAGCGGCUCAUGUGGGAAACAUUGAGGGCAUAUAUCAACUGCUUGAGCAGGAUCCAUCUGUUCUGCGAAGAAUUGAAGAUGAUUUGCCUUUUGCUCAAACGCCCUUGCACAUAGCCGUUCAACAUAUGGUUCCGGAUCCGCAAAAUGAUGAACAAAUUAGAGCUGAAAGUACACGGUAUGGUGAAUUUGCUUUGGAAAUGAUGAACUUAAAGCCAUCAUUUGCUAGAAAGUUAAACCCAUCUGGGUUAAGCCCUAUACAUCUUGCUGUGCAAAAUAAUCAGACUUUCGUGGUACGAGAGCUCCUAAAAGUCGACAAAGAUCUAGCUCGUGUUAAAGGCAAGGGUGGUCAGACCCCUUUGCAUUUUGCCGCAGACCAAGAAGCACUGGAUCUUUUAGUUGAGUUUCUGGAGGCAUCCCCUGAAUGCAUCACAGAUGUGAACAUACACGGCCAGACUGCUCUCCAGGUUGCUGUAAAAAACGGACGCUAUGAAGCUGCAAAGUUCUUGGCUUCUUGGAUUUACAGGAGCACCCACAAAGAUAGCGCAGCUUGGGAAAGGGCAGUGUUGAAUGGGAAGGACCAAGAAGGAAACACUGUAUUGCAUAUAGCCGCAUUAAAUAAUGAUCCCCAG